CCUCUACUAGCCUCCCAACAAGUAGGAUGGACCGCAUCUUGCGUAGAGUCAACAUGGAAAUUAUAGACUGUAAAGAGGACGAAGCUUCCAAUUUCAGGGUCGAGCUCGUCGAUUCAUCUCCCUUCCAUCUCAAAGGAUCCUUUCUUGGCCCCGAAGGCACACCCUACGAGAAUGGCACCUUUGAGGCUGAUGUUGUCUACCCAGAGUUCUACCCCUGGUAUCCGAUGCAGGUGAAGUUCAUCACCAAGAUGUAUCAUCCUAACAUAUCACCGGUGUCGGGUGUCAUCUGCCUUAACAUUCUGCAACAUGAUUGGUCUCCCGCACUUACCCUCAAAACGGUCUUGAUAUCGUUGCAGGCAUUGCUGUCCUCCCCUGAAUCAAGUGACUCCCUGGAUACCGAAGCUAUGUAUCAUUACAAGGCAGAUAAACACAGCUUCGAGGAGACAGCACGGUAUUGGACAUGGUUAUAUGCAAGAGGGUCUAAGUGCAUAGGAGCCAACAAUCCGAUAGGCUCUGGAGUAGAUGAUGCAGCCUUAGCAGGCCUCGAAAGCAUCCACAUAGAUCGAUUUGAGGCUUUUGGUUUUCAGCGUUCGAAAGUGGCAUGUGAUCUGCAGACCUGUCUACCUAUGAAACUGAAGGAAUUGAAUGUACAGAUUGAUAUUUUGCGCAAACUGAAUUAUAGGGGAUCUAAUGUGGCAAACAUACCGGACGAGGUAGUCAUCGAGGGAUUGUUGGAGUGACGGCGCAUUCCUGCACUUACAGUAAGUAUGCGGCGUUAUCGUUUCUCUACCCUUUUGCCACAUCACCUCUUGCAUCCGUUCAGUAUGCCCUUCCUCGAUUCUUUCGCUGAAUCACUUCUCGUACCCAUUCACAUUAUGUCAUCUCGAAUAUAUGUCUAUUCUUGUGCCCCAUUUCCUGUAUUGCCAUACCUCC